AAAAGUAAACUUUAAAAUAGCGUAAAACAUAUAGAUGAUGGCGACAGUAUUUAGAAGGGAUAUCAUCGUUGAGGGCUCAGCUAGUGUCCAUAGGGAAAUAACCUGUUGCAGGAGCCAUAAGGGCGUGGGCUGGCGUAUAUAGGCAGAACCUGUGAAGACUGAAUGCAGCUGUUAUACUCAAACCUUGCGCACAGAGUGGUCGUGGACGGUUCUGCGUUACUGCAUCGCUUAUUCUUCCAGCCAAGGAGCUCUACGCCAAGCAAUUUGUGCGAUUAUGGGUGUACGCCGGAUCUGUUGCACAAGCGGACGAUCAAGGUUGUGUCGGCUCUUGUGACGACGAAUGCUCAAGUGUACGUGGUCAUGGACGGGAUAUCCCCCGUGUCGAAGGCCAAAGAAAGAGUCAAACGGAGCAACCACAAGCUACGGGAUACCCUAGCGGUGGCUAACAAGGUGUCUUCGCGUCAAAGAGACGUCAAUUUGAGCGCGUUUGCCAAUUGUCGCGUGCUGCCGGUAUGGGCCCGGCGAACGUUUGUGCAGACAAUACUCUCACACUUUCCCGCCCAAGGACGAGUGUGUCCGUGCUGUAAAAAGGACGUCAAUCCGACAACCAAGCACGACAAAGACACGACGGCAACGCCUGAGGUCAGGGCGUCAUCAACAGAAACUCUUGCGCACCCUCAGCCUAAGUCCAAAGGGGAGAGAAAUAAAUACACGAAGUCUGCAAAGUCUGACAUGAGCACACCUACCACCACCAUCAAUUGUGCCAGCACAGAUACCUAUUCAAAGGCAGAUGGAAGGCCACACACCUUGAGGCGUACACACACCCGUGCCCGUGCAUGCGGGAACAUGCUCAGGUGCGACCAGAGCAGUGUGCGCGUGUACAUGGCAGACGGUGAAGCUGAUGGACUUGUGGCCAGUGUGGCUAUUGCGCUUGGCGCCGUAGUGCUCAGCAAUGACAGUGACUUCUACAUAUACCCGGUCAUCAGUCAUGGCUAUGUGCCGCUGUCGACUCUGCAGAUAGCUAGUGACACUGAUGGUAAGGUGCAUGUCACCGGAGUUCAGUACUUUCCGCAAACGCUGGCGAAGCAUCUUGGACUGGACUUGUCCGAUCUCCCGCUUCUCGCAACGCUAUGUGGGACAGACUAUGUGGAUGACGAUAUCUCGGACGAGAUGCAUGACCACAUUGUCAAGCUGUAUCCGUGCACAGGCCGUUCCACGAGGCUAGGCAAGGUCAUCGGGAGUGUAGCGACAUUCAUACUGUCCUGCGGUCAAGCCAAUGUCGGUCUCCAUGCUGACGGAGAAGUAGACGGAAAUAAGGAUCAAAGUAGGGUUUUAGAUAUGAAAAGUACGAAUGUAAAAGAUUCGGAGGUCAGUGACUCGGCACGUGAUAUAGUGGUUCAAGUUGCAUUGGCCCUACUGAGUGUGGGGGUGCGAGAGCGGGCGUCGAGAAAUUACACAGCAUCUCUGAACGAAUACAAUUUACCCGCACAUCUGCCAUAUGAAGCUGUAGUGGAGUCGCCUACAUGUGCGCAAACCAAGUCUUCGUUGAGGCUCAACAUUGUGCCAAUAGAUACGUCACCACACCAGGCGGUUGAAAAAGGUACUAGGUCAAAGCAGGCGCAGGACAUGUUCUGCAUUGCAUGUGGCACUUCGGGGGUAGCACAGAACGGACUCAAACAUACAACUAGCUGCUCGAGCAUCUCGGAAGGGCUCCAUGAAACUCGCAUACAGAGCUCAGAGCUCAGCAAUCGCAAAGAGCGUGUAGGCCCCAUGUCGCGAACUACAACCCCUCCUGUGCCUACCACCAUUGCCGUCUCGUCGACUGCGGCGGCUUGGGUGAAGCGAUUGAAAGACAAUCUGGGAGACGAGGCUAGCCGGGUAUUAGAGCACAAAGGAGCGUAUGAGAGCAAUGCACAAGUGUGCACGGAUGUGGAGAUGGAUGUGAAAGGGAGACUAAGCGUGCGACAGAUAGUGUCAAAGUCGGGCACAAAGGAGAAGCAUACGGCACACGACGAGAUAGACGAUAUCUUCAAUGUCCGUAUGGGGUCUAGUAGCAGAUCACAGAGAGGUGUUCCGGGUGCGGCUAUAUCCGGUGCGUCUGAAGACACUGAACGCACAACUGAUAGCAACAAACCAGUUGUGUGCACUCGUGAUGAAGGACACGGAUUGUUCCUUGGGAACGAGGGUAUGUGCACGUGUAAUGGUGUGUGCUGCGGAAGUGUCGAGUGUGAUACAGUGGAGUCCCUCAUGCACUCGCUGGCUAUCACUGAUGACAGCGAGGAAGUGCCGCAGAAAACAUCACAUCUGAGCGCUACGCCUGCGAUCGCUGGUAGUAAGCCCAACGAGAAGCAUAUAGUAUCGCCGGUACAUUCACCUUCACAGUCACAUGCGAUAUCCGGUACAACUUCGCAGUGUGAGGAAAACGGUACCAUGGCAACCGAUGCUAUAGGUGACGAGUCCCAGAUCUACUCAGUGCUACACCUGCUGCCGCGCAGUAUGCGAGGGUUGGUGCGGCACGCACGGGUGAACGCGUGGGCGGUCGAAACGCUGAUCUUGGGAUUGCCUUUUUGGCCCCCAAUUGGAGUUGAGAAUCCGACUCGAUCGUCUGCGUGGGAAUGCACUCGUGAGCCUAGAAGUGCUUGGUUUCGGGUACUGAAAGGAUUCAUACCUAGCAUCCAAAGUGAGAACAAUAAGCUGAAAGAGCGGGAAGGCACUACUGUGCAGGUCCCAUCGGAGAAAGCAUCAAGUCCUUUUCAACAAUCAAUUGUGUAUGCGUGCGAUGAGAAGAACUCAAUUGCACCACCAGAAUGGUGUACAAAAUUACAAAAUUCUGAUAUACCGUCGAUUGUGUACGAGUACACGCGCCACAAGUCGUCCAUGCGGUGGGCGCGCAUUUCUAUUGCAACUGGACAACCAUGUGAAGCGCAAGAGACCGACGAUGGUAUGAAUACAGAGUCUAAUGUGAACAAUGACACACACCCGCACACGCACAUGCUCACGGACAAGCAAGCGACCAUGACCAUAGCGGAGGAAGCCAAGAAUGCGGUUAGAACGGUGGAGUGUGUGUCGUCGGUAAUGAGCGGUGCCUUGGAGAUUGUGCACACACGAUCGCAGGCAACUCGUGUGCGUCUGUUAAUGAAGAUUCUAAGCGUGGAGAAAAAAGCAGAGAGUCUUCUGAGCGAGUUGGCAUACAUACACAGCCAUGAUAGUAAUGCAGAUGAAGCAGGUUUGGGAAGGUUGAGCGCGAGUGAUAAGCCGUCUGUAUCCAAGAAUGGCCUAAAAAAUGCAUCCUCCCAUGAGCGGCAACAAGAGCACAGUCAGACACUUGCUAAUUCGAAUGCGAAGAGUGCACCGCGUGAGAUCUGUCCUGAUACAGUCUAUGAUAGGGUACAUAGAGACGGCGAUGGGCCUGGGGAUUUCGGUGUUUUUGAAGGGCAGGGGAUAUGUAUACUAGCACUACUGUCGCUAAUUGCACACAGUGAUGUGGACGUGAGCUUCUGGCAGGCGCGUGCGUUGUUAAGUGCGAGUUACUGCACCCACGUGCAUGCGCAGGAAACAGUAAGCGCUACCACGGCCACGAACAACCAAACACAGUCCCGCAAGGAGAGGAGAAAAGGAUCAGGUAGUGCUAAGAUUCCGAACAUCCCAAGACCGGAGAUUGACCUCAUACACUUGCACACACAGUUUCUGAACAUGCUGUCGUUGGCGGUCGAUAUGGGUGCGUUGCUACAAACGGGACUUGUUGUACCGGUGCUGCACAACGUGGGGAUUGCGUCGCUUCCUAAUACCAUCUGGCAUCUGCAGCAGAGUAAGGCACGACAUAUCAAGUCAACGAAGAAGAAGGCUAAGCUUUCGAUGGCGGCUACUGCCGAAUCAAUAGGUGUUUCGAGCACUAAUCACCAAGACAAUAGUCUGGAAGGGUAUGCGAAGCAUCCUAAUUCUAGCUUAUCUCAGCGAUUUGCCGCACUGGAAACCCACACGGCCAGCCGUUCCAGCAACGAAGCGGAUGACCGGCCUUCGAGUGAUGAUUGGUUGCGACUAGGUCUAAACAGAUGUGACUUGCAGGUGGCUGGACAACCAAGAAACAUGCAUGUGUCGGUGGGAAAACGCACACAUACUGGCGCAGAAAUGUAUGGGGUUAGCGAUGAGUUGCUGAGACCUCUGUGUAUUGAAUGUCGAGCUGAUGCGAAAUUAGAGGCCAGUGUGAGAACUGCUUUGUUAUAUCUUGUGUCAAUUUGUACACAAUAAAUUAUAGUCC